CCCUCAUUAUAAGACACCCUAUUUAAUAGACGCUCUGUAUAAGACACACUCAAUACUAGAUGCACCUCUAUUUAAGAGACCACCCCAAUUUUAUCCCUUGCGUUCUCAAUCAUAUUCGGUGCUAUUUGGACUCAACAUCCUACAAAUGCCAAAUUGAAUAUAUUUCUCCAGAAGAAAAACCUUUAUUUCCUGCUAUAAUUGAUCCGCCAUAUAAUGAUAGACAAAAGAAGGAUAGACAAUUCUGGCCACUUUGCAAAGACUUUUCUGCUGCCUCCUCCUACUUGGUCAAAAAUCCAGCUUGGUCACCAGCCAUGUCACCCUCCUCCAGUUGCAAUUUAUCAAACUUCUCUUCAAGUCCGAGUGCUUCCCCACCAAAUAAUGAUUCUUCCUCUCCUCCCCCAACAACUUUUUAUACUCCCUCAACUUCCUUUUUACUUGAUGAUUAUUUACACUAUACGAGAGAUACUUUAUCGCCGCUAAGUGCAAAUCAAGCAGCGCCUGGAGAAGUUGAGCCUGAUGUCAACGUGAUCACUCUACUUGUUCAAUAUAUUAGCGAAGCCCCUGAAAUGGAUAAUCGCUUGGCUAGAGCAUUGCGUCGACUUUCUUGUCAUCAAAGUGGAUUGCCUUUAUUGCUUGAAAUGAAUUUUCAACGAAUUAUUAUUUCGAGGCUUAUAAGAAGGAAUUGUUUAUUAAAUCGUUAUGCCCGCCCAUGUGGUCGUUGUGACGUACGUCGAGAUUUUGGACGUCUACUUUUGUCUGAUCACGCUUUACUAGCUGAUUCUAGAAUGGGGGAAUAUAUUUUACUUACAACACAAAUGGACCCAACUAAAAAUCUUUUGGAUUCUACAGAUGAGGAAAAUAAAAGAAUUUAUACAUUAAUGGCUGCAGUGAUUUUAAUUCGGCAGCCUGAACGCAGAUCCCGUUUCUUUUUAAAAUUUCGGCCAAUUGAAGCUAUUUUUGAUGUAUUUGGAGAUUUGUUGCGUAAAUGUUCGCAAAAUGAAAUUUCACUUGAAGAUGGAAGUAGAGAGGCAACUCUAUGUUGUGAUAUAAUAGCUACAUUAGCCUGUAUAUUCCCCCACCAACUCUUAGAAUCAUCAACAACAUCAAUUAGCAAUUUUAUACCUAUUGAAGCUACAAAAAGCGACCAAAAAUGUCUUUUACUUGGAAAAAAUUUUGAAAAUUCAACAGAAGAAAUUCUCAACUUUCGUAAUAGUAAAGGACAACAUUUAUUGACGGUGUUAAAAGAAGACUUGUGCAAUUUUAAUGAAUAUUUUUCGGUUUAG